AUGUGGCGACUUAUAGUCGCAUGCCUCUUAUUUGGAACGCUGGGUGCUGUUGACCGGCAGAACUUUAAAACUUGCGAUCAAUCCGGUUUCUGCAAGCGUCAUCGUGCGGUCACGUCGCCAACUGGAUAUGAAGUGGUUAGUGAUUCGAUCAAAAUCAACGAUACUGGACUUCAUGCACUUAUCAAAAACAAAGAUACCACUUUGAAAGUGACUAUUGUGACACUCCACGAUUCUACUGUCCGAGUUGUCAUUGAUGAGAAUGAGGGAGCACUAAAGAACCGUUAUCAGCCACUGGAGGCGGUGAAAAAAACCAAGGAAGAAGCCACCACCACCAAGAUUCUCACCACUGACGGAAACCGAGUAGUUCUUCAACACAAACCAUUCCGUGUAGACUUCUACGUAAAGGAUAAGAUUGUAUCAUCUAUCAAUGCUAAAGAAACUCUUCACUUUGAAGCUUUCAAGAAAAAGGUGUUGUUGACCGACAGAGAGAAGGGAUUCUGGGAGGAAACAUGGAAGGACAUUAAGGACACCAAACCACAUGGAUCUUCUUCUGUCGGAGUCGAUAUUGCAUUUGUUGGAGCUAAGCAUGUGUUUGGUAUACCAGAACAUGCUGAAAGUUAUUCAUUGAGAGAUACCAGAAACUAUGAGCCUUACCGCCUCUACAACUUGGACGUCUUCGAGUAUGAAACCAACUCGCCGAUGGCUCUCUAUGGUUCCAUCCCAUAUUUGGUUGGAGUUCACCAAAAACGUUCAGUUGGUGCUCUCUGGCUUAACGCUGCAGAGACGUGGGUUGAUAUUGAGCCAACUACCGCUGACAAGGGAGGACUCACAAAAGAAGUUCUUGACGCUGACACCAAACCAAGACAAGUUCCACAACACAAUGCUCGAUUCUACUCUGAAUCUGGACUCAUUGACGUUUUCAUUACUCUCGGGCCACAACCAAAUGACAUUUUCCGUCAGCUGGCCGCUCUCACCGGAGUGACCCCUCUCCCGCCAGCAUUUGCUUUGGGAUAUCAUCAAUCUAGAUGGAAUUACAAGGAUCAAAAGGAUGUAAAGGAGGUUCAUGAUGGAUUCGUAAAGAAUGAUAUUCCAUUGGAUGUUCUGUGGUUGGAUAUUGAACACACUGACAAUAAGGCGUAUUUCACUUUUGAUAAAGAUGCAUUUGCCAAGCCAGAGGAGAUGAUCAAGGAUCUCGCUGACCAGAAUCGUAAACUUGUCACUAUUGUUGACCCACAUAUCAAGAAAGAUUCAAAGUACUACAUCUACAAAGAAGCUAAGAAAAAUAAGUUUCUUGUAAAAGAUGCCAAGGAUGCCAUCUACGAAGGAAAUUGCUGGCCAGGAGACUCCACUUAUAUUGACUUCUUGAAUCCAAAAGCUAGAAAAUGGUGGUCCGAGCAAUUCGCUUUUGAUAAGUACAAGGGAACCAGCAAGGAUGUUCAUAUCUGGAACGAUAUGAAUGAGCCAUCAGUAUUCAACGGACCAGAGAUUACCAUGCACAAAGACGCAAAGCAUUAUGACGGAUUUGAGCACAGAGAUGUACACAAUGUUUACGGAUUUCAUCAACACUCCUCAACUUUCGAUGGACUCAAGGCCAGAAGCAAUAAUGAAGUCAGACCAUUUGUUCUAUCUAGAUCUUUCUUUGCUGGAUCACAAAGAACCGCUGCAGUAUGGACUGGAGAUAACAAGGCUGAUUGGGCACAUCUCAAGCAAUCCAUUCCUAUGCUUCUCUCACUCUCCACCGCUGGACUCCCAUUCGUUGGUGCCGAUGUUGGUGGUUUCUUUGGUAAUCCAGAUGAAGAACUUCUUGUUAGAUGGUACCAAGCUGGAGCCUUCCAACCUUUCUUUAGAGGACACUCCCACCAGGACACCAAAAGACGUGAGCCAUGGCUGUUUGCUGAGAACACCACAUCUGCUAUCCGAAACGCGAUCAAGACUCGUUAUGCAUUCCUUCCUUAUUGGUACACUCUGUUCUAUGAGCACGCAAAGACCGGAAAGCCAGUUAUGAGACCAUUCUGGAUGGAAUUCAUUGAAGACGAGCCAUCAUGGGAUGAAGAUAGACAAUGGAUGGUUGGAAGUGGUCUCCUUGUAAAACCAGUGCUUGAGGAGAAGGUUAAGGAGUUAUCGAUUUAUUUGCCAGGAAAGAGACAGGUCUGGUACGACUGGCAUACUCAUAAAGCUAGGCCAUCACCAGGAGCGGUUCAAAUUCCAGCUGAACUCAACACAAUUGGACUUUAUCAAAGAGGAGGAACCAUCAUUCCAAAACUAUCGGAAGUCAAACUGACCACCAAAGACAACCACGAACAACCAAUCACUCUCUACAUUGCUGUCAACCAAAAGGGAGACUUCGCCAACGGAACCAUUUAUUUAGAUGAUGGAGAGUCUUAUUCCUAUGAGAAAGGAGACUUCGCUUAUUGGGGAUUCACGUUCAAAAGAGAACACGACUACUUGCACACCAUCACCAACCAGAAUCUUGACAAGAAGGGUAAAUUUGACAGCGACGUUUACAUCGACAAGAUUGUUAUCCGUGGCGCGAAAUUCUACCCAAGAAACGCCCACAUCUUCCUUGAUGACUUCUCUCCAGAAGACCUCGACUUUGAGUUCAACAGAGACAACUUCGUGAUGGAAAUUGCUAAUCCAGGAGCGUUUGUCACUAGAGAAUUCAGAAUCGACCUUCAUUCUUAA